AUGCUUUCCCUGAUUCUGACUCUCCUCGCCGUUGCCUGCCCGGCACAUGCGAACUUGCCCGACGAUACCGCCGAAAACCUCGCCACAGAUCUGGCCCCAUUCCUCUCGCUUUUCGGUGAGAAGAUGCUUCUCCACUGGAUCAGCCAGUCUGUUACGUAUUUCGAAGUGUUGGUGAUCGCCAUAUGCCCUAUUGGCGUCCCGGCACUCAUCAUUAGUGCCCUUCGUCUAGCGGGCAGCCAGAGAUUGAGGAAUAUGAUUGGAAGGCCGAGGGAGAGCCGUCCUUUUGUUGAGUCAGAACUGACCCCGUCGACUUCUGAUGAGGUGUCAGAGUGUUGGGACGGACACAGGGUCGUGCGCACGAUCGGAGAUGCGAAGACCCAGGAGUACUUCAUUUUGAAGCGCGCCGGCGCAUCUUCUACGGAUCGUAUUGUCGUGAAGAAGCUUUCCGAAUGCGUGGGAACGUACAUUGAGGUCGGAGACGUGCCUGCCUUCCCUGGGAAGAUGUACCAAAUCCUCAAGUCCACUUUCAACUCUUUGACUCGUCGUCUGACAUCCAUAAACCCGUCCUCCCUUCUCUCCGCCAUCGGUCGCUACACCCGUCGCUCUAGCUCGCCAUCGGACGUUGAGCACAGCACCGUGCCCCUUGAAGAUCUACCCUCUAGGGCUUCUGGCAGUCCUCAGAUGCCUCACGGUGGUGCUGGUGAUGACGCUGGGGUGAUCUUGAUCAAAAACGACAAGACUAAAUCGCCCAAUCUGAGCCUGAAUAUUCAGGAGCAUUUGCAUCCCAAAUUUGGAGACGUAUAUCUAUUGCGGCCAAGCGCAAGGCCUCUCACAUCGGGCUUUGAGAUGGAUUGGCUCUCGAUGACCAUGGCUAAAGGCAUUCAAGAUACACCAUGGUCGCAAACGCUCGAGGCAAGGCCACAUGCAGAGCCAGAUAGCUCUGAUCGUCCGUGGGCUGCUAACGGUGGCUGGGACUGGAAGUCACCUAGCUGGGAGGAUCUCACAAAAUGUGUGCCACUUAUCUCCAACGCUCCGCUGGAUUCCACCGCUCGGCCUUCCAAGGCUCAAGAAGUCUUGAACCUUAGGAAAGGUAUCGCCAAAGCUGGAGCCGCACUUCCUCCAUUGACGACACUGGCUGUUUCCGUUGCUCGAGCCAUAGAGGGAACGCUAGACAUCAUCACUGCCUCGGGUGAAGGUUACUUAGAACCUGGCUGCCGUAGUCUUUUGUGGAAGAUUGGGGGUCACCCAGACGACGUUGUCGAGUUUCGUUUGAAUCUCGACGAUGAUGGGAAGAAAUGGAAUGUACAAGCCGGCGAUCUAGAAGCCAUGCUGUCCCUCUGGCUAUACAAGACGAGAUGCGGGGACAAAGAGCGAGAAACACAGCCGACAGCCGCAGCGGUACCUGUGGGCGAAAGCAUCUCAACUAGGCCACCUGCUGGACAUGCAAUCGUUGGCCAGGAAGAUGAGUGGCUUCGCAAGCAUUCUAGAAAACUCACGUCCCUUUCUCUAAUGCCAUCAGAAGGAAACCCUCUCCCAGCUCUAUUCCAAGGGAUCAACCUGUGGUUCAAUGAGCCUUUUCGAGAUACCCGUCAAUUCGGGCUAGUCGCUCUUGAACACGACAUUCCCUCAUCUGAGCCUUCACCCAGAAGAUCAUCUACCUUACCCACACACUCCUCGUACAAAAGACCAUCAAAAUCAUCCUCAUUGGUUUUGUUAGACGAACACUUCAGCACGUUGGAUGAAGUGAAGACUCUUGUGCAAGAGCCAGAAGGGUCUCUUCAAACCAGCCUAGCACAGCAUUUGUUCUGCUUGUUCGUGUGGUCAUUGGCUAAAACUUUGAAGAAACCCAUAGGUGGUAGCACUGGCGUGGUCGUUACAGCCGCUCAAACGUCUCCCAAGGGUUCACGGCGGACUCAAUUUGCCCUUGAGAACUCAUGUCUUCGAGACAUUUCUGCCAAAAUCUCUCAUGAGGGACUUGGAGACCAGGACAUAGUGCUCCCUGCCCUUUUGCUGCCGCUAUUGGGAGCAGAUAAGCUACCAAGCGCUCAGACAAUUCUCGAGGCGGCUAGAGAGUACCACGAUGCUUACGAGCGAAAGGAAUCUCAGGAUAUCAAUAACCAUGUUUAUAUGUGGUUAUUUGGAAACUCUCUUAAGCUCCCAACCCGAAAAGAUAUUUUCCUCAAAGUAGCUUCGGUCUUGAUAGACAGCCUGGAGCAUAUGGAUUUGGAUCACGAACCAGGUUGGGAAUCCCGUUCCGCCAUUAAGUGUACCUUGACCUCUGUCAUAAAGAUAACACGAUGCUACAUUGGAGAUUCUGAUUGGGGGUUCUUAAAGAGGGUGGUGAGUGUUUCAGAAUCCCAUGAUUCUCGUUUCUCUAGCGCGUUCAAUUGGGGACUGGGACCGGUAUCCGUGCAUUCAGGAAACACCCAAAAGCCUGUGUCACCACACAACCACCUGACUCCCCUUCAUCUUUUCUGCCUCAAGGGAGAAGAUCUGAGCGAAGAGAAGAUUACAGAAGUAAUCCGGGAUAAUGUGGAUGACAUCAACAGUGUGGAUGUCUUCGGGCGGGCGGCGAUCCAUUACGCCGUCCAAAGGGAUAACAGUAACAUGUUCAACCUGGUGAACAAGCUGGUUAAUUCCGGGGCUAAAGUGAACAUACAUGAUCUUCUUGGGCGAACUCCAUUGCAUCUAGCAUUCCAUUACCCUGGAGCCACCUCUGUGGUAAAAAAGCUCAUGGGUCAAUAUAAAGAUUUCAAUGUGUUUGAUUCGAAAGGACUCACACCAUUGCAUCAUGCAGCCUCAUGGGGGGAUAUCCAUGAGCUGGAAAAUUUGAGACGCUACUACCAGUCAACUUCCUUGAUCACUUUCCCUUAUGCUGCUGAGCUUGUGCAUUUUUAUGCACGCUAUCGCAAAGCUCGUGACUUGACUCACAUGGUGAGGGUGGGUCUUAUGGAUCUCCACGACAAUCGUGGUAGAAGUGGCUUCCACCUGGCUGUUAUCAAUCCCAAGAUUAAACUAGAGGACAUCCCAAAAAUUUUCACAGACCUCACCAAUUUCGAGCAUCGAGAUUCGUUCCUAGAAUCCCCGCUGGAUCUCGCCAUGCGAAUAUCCCAAUACGGAUGUGGUCACGAAUGCUCAUCAGCCUGUAAGGCUCGUAUGGGUAGGUUUUACGAGGGUUUGAAGCAUCAACAAAUCCAUUUACGCUGGCAACAAAAUACUCCGAAAUAG